UGAGCAGCCGUCGCGAAUGGACGUGUGCGGAAAACCUUCGGCGUCGUCGUUGUCGGAGUUGAACACUUGAAAGGGAUUAUUCGGGUUGGUUCUGGUGAAAGUUGGACGUUUGUUGGGCUUCUCGAGUGGGACGUCGUUAGAACUUUCGCUUUUCCCACGGUGGAGGUCUGUUCUUGUGGGGGUGGUCAAGGAGAAGGUCGCCUUGGCUUGGAGAUGUUCCGACUCGGCACGAGCUAGAUUGCAGCAGUAUCGCCAUGCAAAAUUCUAUAAAGUGGUCGAAGAGGUGCUGCUGACAAGCUAAAAAUAAGCACAAAAAGGUCGUUGAAGCUGAAAUAUCGGAAGGUAUACACAACGAGAGAUGACAAAAGAUUUUUGAUGCUGAGGAAUUUGGGUUGUGAGCAGCCAACAUGAUCCUAUGAGACAUUGAAAAUCGGAUUUUCAAAGUUACGGAAUCAGGCCGACAUCAUGUACGGAAUGUUACUGGAGAGUGUUCAGCACUUUGUGCAGCGCAACGAAUGACGGCACGGGACGGCAACGUGGCGAGGUGGAAAUUCAAGGUGGUGGGUGAACCUCUGAUGAAGCUGGGAGGUUGAAUUUUUCCUGAGGGAAAGUUAUUAACUGGAAAGGAAAAUUAAACGUUGCAUUAGCAGUUGAUUAGCUUGGAGUGAAAUGAUACAAAACAUACGUAGAAAAUUUGUCUGAAAAAAUAGCUAAAUAUUCCAAGUAACAAACACUGCCAUAUUCGGGGACAUUAUUACAAAUUUUUAAGUGUUAAUUUAAAUUGUUAGGUAGAGAAAAAAUCAGUGAUUUGAGAUAACCAAAAUUUAACUUGGAAAAGGUUCCACCAAAUUACAUUUCAAAGAUGUACGGCCUCAUCAUGCAGGGGGUGAAGGACGCCGUAUUGCUCGAGUACGGUGAGCAUGUCUGGAAACAGGCGCUGUUCACCGCCGGUUGUAAACUGACCGUUUUCAACACGUACCAGCAAUAUCCGGACAGUCUGAUCCCGGAUCUGGCGGCCGCCUUAUCCGCCAUCACGGGCAGAAGCAUCGACGACUUUAUGGUCUUCUUCGGGCGCUGUUUCGUGCGGUUCUUCAGUAACUUUGGCUACGAUGAGCUGAUCAAGUCCACAGGUCGAUACUUUUGCGACUUUCUGCACUCGGUCGACAACAUCCAUCUGCAGAUGCGCUUCACGUACCGCAAGAUGAAGAGUCCCUCGAUGCAGCUGAUCGAGGUGGAUGAAAAGGGGGCGGUGCUCGUUUACCGAUCGACGCGAUCCGGCUUUUCAAAGUAUUUACGCGGUCAACUGAUGGAGAUCGCGAAGCAGCUCUACAACAUGGACAUCACGAUCAACGUGUUGGAGAGUCAGAACGAUAUUCCGGGAGGGACCACCGGACCGAUAUCCAUUCAGGGUGGGUUGAAAACGGUCAUUGUGAAGUAUCGGUUGGAUUUCGAUAAUCGGGAGUAUAUGGAGAAACGUGUCCAUAUAAAGGCUCAUCCAUCGCAACUCACACUGCCAUCGGUUAGCAGUAGUCUGCUGCUGGAACUGUUUCCCUUCGCACUGAUAUUGAACGAAAAGAUGUGCAUUACAGCUGCCGGCGAGAAGCUUAUUGAGUCAUGGAUGCUGAACAAUGUGACUAAAUCGCCGAAUGAGCUUAUGGGAGCCAAGGUUACGGAUCAUUUCAAGUUGCGUCGACCCACGGGAAUAACGUUUACGUGGGAUAAUAUGAAGCGUCUCCAAACGGUCAACUUUGAGAUACAGUUGUUGAAGGGUCAGACUGUUCUAGAAGCGGAGGAAGCUUCCGCUUUGACAGAUAAUAAAUCUGCUGUUCCGGAACCGGAUGAUCCAUCGAAACUGAUGUCCGUUGCUAGGCGAGGUUCUCAUGGACUUAAAAACAUUCUACUAAAGGGAGAAAUGCGUUACAUCAAAGAUAUUAACUCACUAGUUUUCCUUUGUAGUCCACUCAUCAACAACUUGGAAGAGCUACGUGAGGUAGGACUAUAUUUGAACGAUCUCAACACCCAUGGACUAAGUAGAGAGAUGGUGUUCUCUGGAUUUUCGCACAACUCCCGGCUGGAUCUGAUGUGUGAGCGUGAGGAAAAGCGAGCUGAAGAGCUGGAAACGUCGUUAGCCUUGGCCGACUCCUGGAAGCGGCAGGGUGAUGAAUUGUUGUACAGUAUGAUCCCUAGGUCGAUAGCUGAACGGCUGCGAGAAGGGCAGAAUCCACUCGAGACAUGCCAGACGUUCGAGGAAGUGACUGUUCUGUUUGCAGAAAUUCAGGAAUCGCUUAUGUCCGAUGACUCCAUAAAAUACGCCAUGACGACUGUAACCACGUUGAACGCGGCUUUUAGCGCGUUCGACUCUUUGGUACAGACGCCUAUGGCCUAUAAAGUGGAGACUGUUGGCAAGGUAUACAUGGCGGUGAGCGGGGCUCCUGACCCUAAUCCUUGUCACGUCCAGCACACAGCCGAUCUAGCGUUGGGAAUGCUCCAGAGCAUUCACGACCUGAAACUGCCGGGAGUUGGAGUGAAAAUCGGAGUUCACACCGGUCCAAUAGUUGCUGGCAUUGUGGGCCUCAAGGUGCCCCGGUAUUGCCUGUUUGGAGACACGGUCAAUACAUCGUCCCGUAUGGAAAGUAGCAGUGAUAUCAACAAGAUCCAAGUAUCAGGAUAUACAGCCAACAAGCUGAAAAAGUAUGGCUACAAGCUAACAUUCCGUGGAAAGGUAGCGGUAAAGGGUAAAGGUGACAUGGAAACUUUUUGGCUAGAAGGGGGACCAAGCGGAACUGCUACUACAGGUAGUAAAAAAGUGGAGAAAAAGAAAUAAAACGAUUGGUCAUCAAUAGCUCGAAGACGGGCUCUGCCUCUUUCUAAGACAGCUUUUUUACUGUGCCUUCACUUCUGCAAUUACAGUUUAACGAAUCUGAAUCCUUUAGCUCACAAAGACUCGCACUUAUAGUGAAU